AAAAAAAAAAGUUAGAAGUAUUAGAUUGGAUAAAAUAUUUUUAGUUAAAAAGUUGAUCUUUGAUUAACUUCCAGCAAAAAAAUUUGCAACUGCUAAAGAAAUUAUUCAAUAUUAUCUUUUUCUACGAAAAUCAAAAUGUGAAGAAAAAGUGAAGUUCUUAGUAGGUUAUCCUAACAAAAGUUCUUCUUGUAUACCCAAUUGUCCAGUUAAUCAGUCUGACUGCUGCAUACUGUCCAAACUAAUGGUUGCCUGGAUACUUGGUGGAUUUAAAGUGGUUACAAUGCAAAAGCUAAAGUAAUAUUUUCAAUAAGUUCUAAAUUAUUUUAGUCUAUGUUUAUUACAUUAAUAUGCUGUUAAAUAAUAUUUUUACAGGAUUAAAAUUGAGAAACUGCUGAAGGAGUGGAUGAAAUUAAAAGAUCAAAAACACAAGACAAAUUCUACUGAAAUACUAAAAAAAAUUCAUUUGUUUGAAGAGAAAAUGAAUAAGGUAUUUUGGAUUGGAGAACAUCCUCACGUUAUGUUUGAAGAAAUAAUAAAAAAUAAAAUAAGAAAAGUGAAAGACAAAGAGGAAGCUUUCUUAAAAGACCAGCUUUGUGAGUACAAGUAGAGAUAAAAGAUAUGAGUAUUCUGUAGUAAGAAGUAAAAGAUGCAUAUCAAAGUUAAAUAGAAAUCCAUCAGCAGAAUUAUAUAAGAAUAAUUUAGAUGAUCAAAGUUCUACUAGUUACACUAGCGACAAAUUAGACAAGGAAACAAAUGUUGACUUUGAUUUUAAUACGCAUUCUAAUAUUCAAAAUUCUGUUCUUCAUCUUAAAAAUAUUCUUCAGUCAACCACUCAUACAUCAGUGGGAGAAGGUAUAACACCCCACAAACAUACAGCAUUGAUUACAAGUGUUAUUGUCAUGGCUGGUGGUUCUGUAGCAAACUUUAAUUGUUCUAAACCCACAUCUUAUAGAGCUGCAGAGAACAUAAUAUCUGUCAGUACUAAAGAAAUAAAAGAAUCUGUAAAAAAUACUGUAAUAUCAUCAAUUUCACUAAUGACUACACACUUUGAUGGAAAAAUUGUUAAUGAAUUAAUAAAGGGAAAGCAAUUUAAAAAAGAUAGAAUUGCAGUUUUGGUAAGGAUUGAUGCAAAAUCAUAACAACUUGGCUUCUAAAGAUUCUAGUUCAGAGGUUAAUCAAAAGCAAGCUAUUGUAGAAUUGAUGGAAUUUUUUGGAUUAAAAGAUAAGGUUAAAUGUCUCUGUUUUGACACAACUUCAGCAAUUACAGGAAAAUGGCAAGUUACUUGCAUGAGAAUAAUUCAAUAAUUUUAACGUUUCUUGUUGUUGAUUGCAUGCAGAUGUCAUGUAAUUGAGCGACACAUAGCCCAUUUCUGGAAGAUUUACCCAAACAGCGAAACUUCUGGUCCAGAAAACAAACUAAUUGAAGUUCUGAAACAAAACUUGAAUAGUAUCGAUGCUGAAACUAAGGAACUGAAAAGAAUAAUAAUACCACCUGGAAAAUGAAUAUACAAUUAAAAACUAGCUGCUGUUCAGUUUCGUCAUAAUGUGAUCAGUUUAAAGAUCGUAUUUUAAACAGUUUAAAGAUCCUUAAAAAGGUCAGAAAUAUAAGAAAAGAAUACCAUGAGCUAGCUGAACUUACCUUAAUGGUUCUAUCGUCAAAUAGGUUUAAGUUUCAUUAUCAGGACCAGUUCACCAUUCAAGAUUUAUAGGAAAAGGUUUACACUACUUAAAAUUGUAUCUUUUAAUGAGUGAAAUCCGAAACCUGACUGACAAGCAUAAAGAAAAAAUAACUGGUAUGGCUUUAUUCAUUUGUCUUUUCUAUACAGAGUCGUUUCUAAGGGCAGAGUUAAGUUCUUUGGCACCAACACAGGAUAUGAAAGCUUACUGGCAAAUGAAAAGGUUUGAGGAAUGGAACCUACUUGGCUCUCAAGCUGUUGCAAGCUCUAUUCUCAGAUAUAUUGCCCUAGCAGAUAAAGUAGGGAACUGUAGGGAACUUGGUGAUAUGGCCAGAAAACUGUAUAGUUUACAAAGAUGUCUAAGUGACAGUUUUUCUUUGGAGCGCCAGGUUAAGGACCAAACUAUAUUGAAUAGCCUUAACUUCAGUAAAGAUGAGCCUCCUAGUUUGACUCUAUUAAUAAUAGAAAAGUUGUGGCUAGUUUUUGACAUGCUCAGGAAUGUACUAUUUACUAUUUAGUUGAAAAUUUUUAUAAUUUGA